AUGAAUAAGUUUCGAUUUUUAAAGAGCGUGUGCUCCAAAAAAUUUGCAAAUCAAAUAAGUUCACAAAACUUAAAAACAAAUCGGCGUUUCUUAAGCACAGCCGAAAAUGCUAAUUUAAAAAAAUCUAAUGUAAAAGGAAAUAUAAAAGAAAAUGUAAAUGUCGGGAAAAUAUCACAAGUCAUCGGUGCUGUUGUGGAUGUAGAAUUUCAAAAAACACCACCAGCAAUUCUAAAUGCUUUAGAAGUAGAACUAGAUAAUAAAAAAUUAAUACUUGAAGUAGCUCAACAUUUAGGUAAUAAAGUUGUUAGAACAAUUGCUAUGGAUGCUACUGAUGGAUUAAUAAGAGGACAAGAUGUUAUCGAUUGUGGAAUUCCAAUUAGUGUUCCUGUAGGCAAAGAAACAUUAGGAAGAAUUAUGAAUGUGAUUGGUGAACCUAUUGAUGAAUGUGGUGAUAUUAAAAGUAAAAAAUUGUUACCCAUACAUAGAGAUCCACCACUAUUUACUGAUCAAAGUACAGAACCUGCUUUACUAAUAACCGGAAUAAAAGUUGUCGAUCUUAUUGCACCAUAUGCAAAAGGUGGAAAAAUCGGAUUAUUUGGAGGUGCAGGUGUCGGAAAAACCGUGCUAAUUAUGGAAUUAAUUAACAAUGUUGCUAAAAAACAUGGUGGGUAUUCUGUUUUUGCAGGAGUAGGUGAAAGAACAAGAGAAGGUAAUGAUUUGUAUCAUGAAAUGUUAACAACUGGUGUUAUAAAAAAAAAAAAAAUAAAAGAUAAUGAAUAUGAUUUUACUGGUUCAAAAGCCGCUUUAGUAUAUGGGCAAAUGAAUGAACCUCCAGGAGCACGUGCAAGAGUUGCCUUAACAGGUUUAACUGUUGCUGAAUAUUUUAGAGAUGAAGAAAAUCAAGAUGUCUUAUUAUUUGUAGAUAAUAUUUAUAGAUUUACACAAGCUGGUUCUGAAGUAUCUGCUUUAUUAGGUCGUAUACCAUCAGCUGUCGGAUAUCAACCAACUUUAGCUACUGAUUUAGGUGCAUUACAAGAAAGAAUUACAACAACAAAAAAUGGUUCUAUUACAUCUGUGCAAGCAGUUUAUGUACCUGCUGACGAUUUAACAGAUCCUGCACCAGCUACAACAUUUUCACAUUUAGAUGCAACAACUGUUUUGUCAAGAUCUAUAGCAGAGUUAGGAAUAUACCCAGCUGUUGAUCCAUUAGAUUCAACAUCACGUAUGUUAACACCAGAUAUUGUAGGAGCAGAACAAUAUGAAGUUGCAAGAAGCAUUCAACAAAUUUUACAAGAUUAUAAAUCAUUACAAGAUAUUAUUGCAAUUCUUGGUAUUGAUGAAUUAUCGGAACAAGAUAAAUUAACUGUUGCACGAGCUCGUAAAGUUCAAAGAUUUUUAUCACAGCCUUUUGCUGUUGCUGAAGUUUUUACAGGUAAACCAGGAAGAUUUGUAGAACUUGAAGAUACAAUAAAAGGUUUUUCUGAAUUACUCAAAGGAAAUUGUGAUGACCUUCCUGAAAUGGCUUUUUAUAUGGUUGGAGGAUUAGAUGAAGUUAAAUCAAAAGCAAUAGAGAUGGCUAAACAGGUGUAA